CGCUUUUCGUUACAAGCGCGCCCAUUUUCGGCGUCUAGGUUAUACCGUUUGCAUUUACCGUAGUCUUGUCCUUUGUUUAAAGCGCGUGCAUUAUGUUUGGUUUGCCUUUAAAUUGUAAAGUCUUCUAAUGAAGUUGGGUAGAGCGAAACAAAUUUGAAGAAACAAAUAAUCCACGCGUUCAAUGUUAUAUUUCUGUGUUCAACAUUAAAUUUGUUUUUUCCUUUUUUUUUUUUUUGUAAAUAAUGGAGCUUCGUGUUUGGAAGUUGCUACUGUUGCAGUGGGCGAAAGAAUGUAAUUUUAUAGAGGAAAUUUCCACUAUAGAAGAUUCAGAUAUUGAGGCAUUUUAUGCCGUCUAUGUGCAGCAUGCUCAGGUUAAGCCACGAUCGGAUAUGGAUAUUCUAAAAUAUUCGACAUCUUUAGGAUCGCUGAACAUAUUUCUUCGAGAUAUCUAUCCAGAUUUUAUCCCAAAUUUGGACCGCGAUGGUCGGGUGUCGCGGAAGGAUUACAUCUUUGUGUAUACACUUCUCAUGCACUAUGCCUGUGUUCAGAAUCCCAGCAAAUACUUUCAUAAUAUCUGCGAACAUUUACCAGAGACUGUGCAGCAAUGUAUUGCGGCAUUUCUCCAGCAGACUGUUAAUAAGCCAGAUCUUACACGUGACUACUUGCAUGAGACCAUUGUAAAUGUGAGAAGUGAUGUGGACAUCAGUUCUCUAGAUCCUUUGCCAUUAUCAUUACCUGCAACAUGUGGGCGUUCGAUUUCCAAUGACAGUAGCUGCUGCAGUUCCGCCAUCACCACCGUGAAUGCCCACGGUGGCCUCGAUGGUUUCAACAGUUUGUCAGGCAGCAACAUUAGGGAUUUGACCACAAUCGACAAUGAAGCGAGUGGAAGUACGAAAUCUCUGUCGCUAACGCCGGUGCCACAAGAGCGUCUUUCUACGCUGAAUGACAGUCAAAUUUUUGCCCCACCAACACCAAAAACCGAGCUCCUUGAACAGCGGACUCGCGAGCUCCUAGGAUUGCGGGCACAACUGGAAACAGAGCGGUAUGAAAAGACUGUCUUAGAAGAAAAAAUUUUAGAAAAUGAGCAUCUAAUCAAAUCGCUCAGCAGAGAAAACAACGUGAAAAAAAUGCAGUUAUCAAAACUGAAAGCCACAGUACAAAACGAAAACAACGAAGAGGAUAUUUACAUGGAUAACUAUCUACCUAAUGAAUUUGAAAACUUGAAACGUCGGUUGAUGAAGGAGCUAAGCAACAGGAAUGCAGACCUUGCCGCGAAAAACGAACAGUUGCAGGAGCUUAGGGCCGAGCAUGGUGUAGUGGUUGAUAAGUUAAAGAUAUCAGAAAAGCAGUUCGUUACGUGCAUGGACCAACUUGUCGAGCUAGAGUCGCACGUACAAAACUCCACGCAGUUAUUAAGUGACAAGGAAAAUGAAAUUGCUAGUCUUCUGCGAGACAAGCUGGAGCUGCAGCAGUGUCUGCAAGAAACUCGAAAUGAGCUUUACAAUGGUCGGGAGGUUCUGAACGCUUCUUCUGAUCUUCUGGACACUUCGCAAUUGCACAGCAGCAUGAACACAACUCCCGAGAAUUUAGCUACCUCAGUAAUUGAUAAGCAAUUGCGUGAAAAGGAGCAGGAAAACGAUCAGCUAUGCGAGCAGCUCGCACUCAAUGCGCAAGAGAAGGCACGUAUUGUAGAAGAACUCUUGCAGAUCGUUCAAAAAUUUCAUCUGGAGAUACCUACUACACCUGACAAAUCCGAAACGCGAUUGCUGUUCCUAAUUAAGCAUAAUAUGGAGCAGAUGUCAUUUAAUUAUGAGAAAGAGCAGAAAAGGACAAAGGAAUUGCAGGCACAGUACAACACGAUGUUGCACCAAAAUAUUGUUGACGAAGAUCAUAUUCAGAAACUGAAGAAUGAAGUUGAUAAAUUAAAUCUGGAACUGGCAGAGAGUAACACCAAUCUGCUGAGUAAAAACAAGACAUUGCAGCAAUAUGAAAAAGAAUUUGAAGAUAAGUUAUCCAGCAUUCGCCAGGAGUUGGAGAAUAAAGAUCGAGAACUCGUACAGAUAAACAGGGAACUUACAGAUGCAUCCAGUUUAAAUAGUUGUUUGGAUACACGCAUCAAUAACGAAAUGGAUCGUUGGACCCAAUGCAAUAACGAAAAGAUAGAACUGAAGCAUCAGCUGGACAUCCAAAAAGAAGAUCGUUGUCUUGAGAUGUCGAUAACAUUAAAGCAGCUUAGGAAUAUUACUUCAAUUAAUGGGCAGCUGGAAGAGGAAUUACAAGCCAGCAUCGAAAAUUCAAACAAGAAGCAAGAAGAAAAUAUAGUACUGCAAAAAAAACUGGAGGAUGCAAUGCAAGAACUUUGCAAGCAGAAAAUAGAGCAUACGAGAGUUAUUCAAAAUCUAAUGGCUAUCAAUGAAAGUCAUAUACAGCUGGAGAAGGAGGCAAAAACAACAAAUGAUACGUCAAAUGAUCAACGUAACCAAAUACUUUUACUAGAGCAGAAACUGGAGCUCGCAUCACAACAACUUUGUGUACAGAAUCUGGAACGGGAGCAUAUUGAGAAGGAAUUAAAAGCUGCAAAGAUAAAUGAAGCACAGUUGAAAACCGAGCUUAAUGCAAGCAUUAAAAAAAAAAUCGAGUUUGAGACGGCAAAAAUUCAACUGGAAAAGCAAGUAGACUCGAUGCGGCAGGCUCUCAAAGAGCGGAAACACGAGCAAGAACAAUCCUUGGUGGAAUCGGAAAAACAGCUUAGGCAGUUACAGGAUCAAAUAGAACAGACAGAGCUGCAACGCGAUGAGCAGCUCUCUGAUGUUCGAAAAUUACUUUUAAAUGAAGAGAAAAAAUCUGAGCUUCUGGAAAAACAAUUAAAUCAUAUGGAAGUCAAGUUCGUAGCCAGUGCAAGAGAUAUGAAAGAUAUACUUUCAAAAAAGGAGGAGGAAAAUCAGAAGAUCGAAACACAGUUAAAUCUGACCACCAAACGCCUGGAGAAAUUGUCCAUAAAGCUGGGUGAACAGCAAGCUGCUCUAUCCAAAAAGCAACGCGAUGUUGCUCAGGCUAAGCUUUUACAAGACGAACAAACGGACAUUAUUCGCACAUUAAAACAUGAAAAGGAAAAUUUGCAGUUAGAGCUGCGACAGAACAAAGAGCGUGUUAAACGUGCCGAAGAUAAAUUGAUUAGUUUGGAACAGCAACGUUCUUCAGAAGAAACGGAACUCGUUGCAAAGAAUGACCUUGUUGUCAUUCUCCAAAAAAAGUUAAAAAGUACAGAGAUGAAAAUGUGCAAGCUAAAUCAAGAUUUAAGCCUAGCAGAGAAGGAAAAAGUGCGUUUGAGUCUUGAUAUUGGGGGGCUUAACUCAGAAAUACAGCAGUAUCAGAAGCGUACAGUAGAGCUAAGUGAACAGCUCCAAUUAUUUAACGAAGCCCAAGCCUUAGAUAAAAAUUCCAAUGUUGAGAAGUUCGAACUGUCAAAUAUGCAACAGCAGUUGGAUGGAGUCAAGCUCCAGUUAUCAGAGGUGCUGCAGGAGCUAGACAGUACUCGGCUAAUGCACACAUCGGUUCAGUGCGAACUAGAUGAAAAAAAUCAUAUACUAAAAACUCAGCGCGAACAAUCAGUAAAACUUGAAGCUCAACACAAGCAAAUAACUAGCUCUCUACAGAAAGAACUUGAUAAGUGCUAUGCCGAACUUACAGAGAUUCGCAAAAGCCGUGAUGAACUCCUGGACACCUUGCAUAAGUCGCAGGAACAAAUAACACAGCAUCAAGCUAAGGCACAGCAGUUGGAACUUAACUGUCAGAUACUACAGGCAAAGUAUCGUGAUGCCAAGGAAGAGAUAAGUCACUUCGAUCAAAAACUUAAAGAUCAGCGUCUUGAAAUGGAGGGCAAACUAGAAAAGAUGAAAAUUAAAAUGCGCACACUGUACAAGGCGGAAGUGACCCGAAUGAAGGAAAAGCAGGAGCGUGAUGCGGCCAGUGGCCAGUCGGAACUGGAUAAACAUAGUGCUCAGAACAUCAAGUAUGAGGAACACACGCGAAAACUGUCAAAUCAGAUUGUUCGUCUUAAUGAAAAGAUAUUAGAGCAGCAAAAGCAAUAUGCCGUACUUAGCACUAAGUUACGCCACUUUCAAGAAGCCGAUCAUGCUACAGCUAAUUCCUCGGCCAAUGAAGAAUGGCAGCCCUUUAAGCGUCCUAGUGCUCCUUCUUCUAAUUUAGGCAGUAAUCUUGCUAUGGAGGAUGAAGAAGGCGAGAUCUUCAAUAACACCUAUCUGACUGAUUUGAAGUUGGGUCGAGUGCCGGAUAUGACCGCUGAAGAACUGCAAUAUCGCAAUUCAAUGCAGCCGCCGCAUUUGAAGAGCGCCUAUGCGGCACAAUAUGACUUGGGCACUCAAGAAGAUGAUCUCAAAGACUGUCAACUUAGCCUGGAUGAUAGCAUGAGCACACUGCUUUGUAUUAAAGGCGGCAACGCUGUUGGUGCACGAAAAAAGUCUAUGGGCACGCACUAUAAGCGUCCGGGACCGCCAACCCCUAGUAAAAAUGGUGGUCGUUUAUCAUUUGGCAGCUCAGAUCCACCGAGGGAAAUAUUACGCGAAGCUUUUGAUCAUAAUUGUACUGUCAAGACGCCAGCGCGUUUUAAGAUGUUUGCCUCACGUUUUAGCAUGGGCAGUAGUGGUAUAGGCGGCGGACAUUUCUUACCACGCGACGAGCAGCGGCGACAUCGACAACGUAAUCUGUUAUCGGGUGUUCAGCGUCGUAAUCUGAAGCUCCGUGCCUCUGGCGCAUUCUGCACUUCUACACCGCGCAAGAGCCGGCCCUAUAACGAUCUUAAGCGCAAGUUCGUGAAAAGUGAUCCCUUAUCAGAGGAUCAAUCAGGUCUACAGCAGAAGGAUGGCACACCGCAUCUGUCUACCGCUGAACUACUGACAAUGACAUACGGACACGAGCGCAAGUUGAGCACCUGCCGACGCCAGUCAGUGGGUACAGAAAGUUCAUGCAGCAGUGUUGCAUCUAAUAGCAAUGAUUUUGCAGAGACACCACGCACUUCAUUCUGUUUGCACGGAAAUAUCAUUGCAAAGACCAGAACACGCAUUAAAUUUUCUCCAAAGGAGCAAUUAUGUUAUCAACGAACACAGCAGCGAAGCAAAAUCCGCCAGCAGCGCUUUGAAUGUUUUGAUCAGGCAAGGCGUUUGUCCGACUAUGAUUCAGAAUGUGAAGAACAGGAGGUGAUUGUACCUUCACAGGAAAACAGCGCAGGGUAUGCGCUAUAUAACGAUAAUAAUAAUUACAGUACGCAUAAUAAAAACUAUUCGCUGAUGGUUACAGAUACCACACUCCAGCUGGAGAAGCUAAGUAUCAACCUCACGGAGUGUCACUUAGAAUCUUCGUUGGAUCAGAGUUUAAAUGCGGCUGCCACUUUUAAUAUCGCCUCAGUAAAUUCUGCUGCUACAUGCUCUAAUUGGAUGGGGAUGCAACAGCCAUCGGUUGUGAAGGCGCUGGUCGCCACAUACGAUUAUAAGAAUAUCACUAGCCCGGUAUUGCAACAUUUUGAGGAGGACCAAGCUUGCACAUGGCAAACGGAUACUGAUGAUCAGUCUGCCGUGCAGCCAUGUCUAUACAGGAAUACAGUGGUGCACACCCAGGAGCAUAACCAAAACGAGACUCCCUUAUCACUCGAUCAACAGGUCAACAGCAAUAAUAACCUAACGGUCAGUUGCACAACCAACUCUUCUUCUCGUCAAUCCUGGACCACACACUCCUUGGGCCAUAUUCAGUCGCAUCGGCUGCCAAGCAUUACCGUGAACACUAUACAGGCCCUUAGUGACGUUCAGGAAACACCCAAUCGGAUGAAUUUGUGGUGCCGGCAGUGGCAUUGCAUGCGUUUGAAUCAACGUUCCGUGAUGUUGAUAGUACUGGCACUAUUUUUGUCGCUAUUUUACUUUAUCUACGACAAAGUGGUCCUAGCCAUCACCUUGGCUCUAUUACUUUUGCUUAGUACAUACUACUUUUUCAGCAAAUAAAUGCUGGAAGAAGGGACAAACAAUAAUUCGACGACAACAGGCAGCGUUUUUUUCUUUCUUUCAUAAAAUUUCCACAGUAUUAUUUAAUUUUUAUAUUCAUCAUUUCCGUUGUUCAUUUGCAGAACUCGCCUCCUAAGCGACGCCUCAGUAACAUGUUCAAACGCAAGUAGUCGUACUCAUCAGAUUAGUUAUGUUGUGAUGCCCUAAUGAAAUCACAACGUCUGUGGUAGUAGUCUACCGUAAUUUUGUAAAUACAGUAUCGUCAAAAUCUCUGAAUAUAAGUCUUUAGUGAUGUAAUCAAUAAUUCCAACAAUUCAUAAUUACGACAUGAAGUACACGCAUUUAUGUUAAGGAUAAAAAAUAAAUAAUUUAAUUAAAGAAGGUUUAUUUUUCGAAUCGUCAAUCCAAAUUUGGUCAUGUUUGCCAUCUAUGUAUGUAGUAGAAUACAUUUAAAUAAGACCUUAUAUAUUAAUGGCACACGCUAGUUAUUUUGUAAUGUAUCACUUUAUGUUAAUGAUAAUGAAAAAAAAUGAAAGUAUGAAAAACAAUGAAAUAUGUAUGCCUUGCGCUUUAAUUAAUUCUAUGAACGCAUUUCCCUUUUUUUUUUUAUUAAUAUAUCCUUGCGAUGAAGAAAUAAACAGAGGAUUCUCAA